AUGGGUUUAUUUGGCGCAUUAGCAGGAGUCGCAUCUAGAUUUUUACCCGCAGUGGGAACACUAGCCAGAGGUGCAUUUGGAAUUGGAAGGAAGAUUUUGAGUACUUUAGGUAUACUGAAAGAGAAAGCACAACCUAUUAUACAAACCGUACAGAAAGGUUGGGAUGUAGCACGAGAUGCAGCAAAUCUUAUUCCAAAUCCUGAAACAAGAGGAAAAGUUCAAGGAUGGAUGGACAAUGUAGGAAGACAAGCAGGAAACUACUAUAACAAAGCAAAUGACUACUAUAACCAAGCAGGGCACUACAUGGACCAAGGUGA